GCCACUGCCACUGGGUCUACGUAGCUACAGUACAGGGACUGAUUUUGUUGCGUCCUUUUCUUUGUGCCGCGGGCAUCGGUGGCAGUGUUAGGAGUGAGUGAAGGUGGAAUCGUUGGACCUGCAGUACAAUGGCUAGCCGAGAAGAAAAGAUUGCCUCUGCUCGCAAAAAGCUGAAGAAAUUCCAACAGCGUGGCACACCCAAGGGCAAUAAGACAAACCUAAACUCGUCUGCACUUGAACCCCAGACCAAGAGCAAUGGAGUGAACGGACCUGUUGUCAUGAGCUCAACAUUCCCAAGAGCUGGGGGUGAUCGACAAGACUGGAGUCUCGGUGACAUGUCAAGCGCAGGAGAUGAUCAAUCAGCAGGUAUGGUGAAUGGCAUGGGUGUACAGGCGCAUGCUUCACGGAGCAACCACUCGUCCGCGUCAUCUGCAAACGGACCGAUGGCCGGCAGUGACUACUCCUUGCCGAACAGUCACUCUAAUAAUGCCCCUGGCCCGACUCCAACCACCCCAGUCCAGCCGGCCGCCCCGGAUUUCCUGCCCGCGUCCACAUCCACUCCGCACCCCAGUGUACGGCAAGAGAACGGGCCCACUGCCAGGAGUUACGACGGGCCCACUGCGAUGCCCACUGGUCUAGUCCCUGCCGAUGUGGUGUCGCCCACUCAUUUCGGCUUCAAAGGGUCCACUACGCAGCCCCAUCAGGUGAACACGAGUGGAUCGGUGUCAUCUCUGGGGACUACAUCAGCAUCCAGUACCGGUGUGUCGGCCAGCACGUCAUUCACUGCGACGUCGGGUACGAGGCAACCAGUGGCGACUGCGAUGUCUUCUGCAGCGCCAUCUCAGCCACAGUCACAGCAGCCGGUACCAGUCUAUCAGGGUGCCGUUGACGGUGAGAACUUGAAGAAGCAGCUCACGGCACAUCAGCAAACUAUUGAUGUCCUCGUGGAAGAGAAAAACAGCUUGCAGGCCGUCUGUACAAAGUACGAACAGCUUGUUCGCCAGCGCGACACAUCGAUAAUGAACCUCAACCAGCAGAUGCGUACAUCCUCGGAGCAGAACGAAGGUCUGCGUUCCCAGCUGGCUCAGCGCGAAGCUGAUGUGCGAGCCGUUAGCCGUGGAGGCCAGCAUUCGGAUGCCGACGUAGCAGCUCUUAAUGCACAGCUGCAGCAAGCGAGGCAGCAAGCCGAAGCAGCACAUCACCAAGUGUCCGAGUUGUCCCGCAGAGUCCAAUCCCGUGCCACUGAGUGCACACAGCUGCGCCAGGAGCGUGAUCAGUUUGCCGAGAAACUGCAGACAACAUCAACGCUGUUACAGCAGGCAUCAUCUGAUGACAGUGUAGCACAGCUUCGACAGGCACACCAAGCUGUUGUUGAUGAGAAGGGUGGAUUGGAACAACAAAUGUCCAAUCUGUCUACAUCCUUGCAGCGUGCGGUUGAGGAGAGAGACAUGGCUGUACAGCAAUGUCGCCAGGCUAUGGAACAGACCAGCACCGUGAAGCAACAUCUGGACCAGGAGCGUGUUGUACACAAACAGCAACAAGAUCAGUUACAACAGCACCUGGAAAAACAAGCAGCGCAAGUCAACGAACUGAAACACCAACUCGAUCUAACCCGGCAGAGUGGUGAGAAUGCAUCGAUCGAGAAGCUGCAGGGCAUGCAACGGUCCCUGCAGUCACUGGCGGUGGAGAAGCAGUCCCUAACAGAAGAGCUCUCCAAACAGUCAUCGCACUCCGGUCAGCUGCAGAAACUCAGCGGCCAGCAAGCAGAGCGUAUUCGGCAGCUGGAGGAGCACGUGGCGCGAAUGUCGGAAACCAGUGACCAACGCCAGCAGCUUCUCACCAGCGUCCAAGCAGACAAGGCAGCAAUCAGCCAAGCUACGCUGGCCAACCGUGACCUUCGGCAAAGAAUCGAGGAGAUGGAAUCGCUGCAGGAGGAAGCUUCUCAGCAACGGAAGGAGCUAGAAGAACGGCUGUCUGCCAACGCAGGGGAAACCACUGUACUGGAGGAGAGGCUUGAGCAGAAAGCUGGUCUGUUACGUCAAGUGCAGGCAGAUCUGGCUGCAUCGCAGGGUGAGGUGGAGUCGCUUCACAGCGAGAAUGACAGUCUCAGUGACCAGCUCGCAAAGCAUGUAAGAAAGAUUCAUGUGCAGAUGCAGAAUCGUCGCCAGCACCUGGAAGCGCAGAGCCAGCUUACCGACGCCUUGCAGCAGGAGCUGACGGCAGCGCAGGAAGCUAUCAAGCGCCUGCAAGCGGAGAAGGAUCAACUGCGACAGACCGUCAUGCAGCAACAGGCCCUCAUCAACUCGGGGCACGACACAGAUGCCGAAGAAGAAGAUACUGCCUCCACGCCUGGCUCAACCUCACCAAGCCGACAUCAGAGCGCAAGCCAUGCCUUGGCCGGGCGUAUACAAGCGCUGGAGGACGAACGUGCCAACUUAGUUCAUCAGCUCCAGGAGCAGAGUCAGCGUUACCAACAGGAAGUGGCCUCUUUGCAAGAAGAUAUCCAGCGCCAGAAGCAACUACAACAAGUGCAACGCGAUCCUGUGGAAAUGGAGGUACUGCGUCAGUCAGGCAGCAGCACUAGCAUAGAGACAGCGGAGUUCAUACCGCGUCAGCAGUACAACGCCGUGCAGAACACGCUAGAGGAGCUGCAGGAACGCUUCUUGACCAUCAUGACGGAGAAGGCCGAUCUUGUGCAGAAAGUACACAGCCUGGAGCAUGUUGCUGGCCAGCUGGAGGGAGAAACGAACACGAUAGGUGAGUACAUCACCCUGUAUCAGCUACAGCGUGACACGUUGCGAAAGCGCUACGAGAAGAAGGACGAGUACAUUGAUCAGCUACGCGAGGAGCAAGCCAGAAUGGAGGACAAGGUGGAGGAACUGCACAACCUGGUCAUGGACCUGGUCGCGGAUCGCAAGAGCCUGAUCGGCCGGCUCCUGCAGCUCCAGUCUCACAUCUCCGCGUACAGCACCAUGAACGACGGCACAGCCGCUCUAGGUUCGGAGCUCAACACGCCAGCUCGGCCGUCCACCGGUCCGGGAGGAGGCAUGGAAACGAGUACACCGUCGACUGCCGGCCAAGACGCUCUCUCUCCGUCGUCGAUGCCGGGCGUCUUCGAGGGUGACGAGAGUGAGUUGUUUGCUCCACACCUCAGCAAGGUCGGAUCAACGGACGUUUCCCUGGGGAUGACGCCAAGCGAAUCCCAGGCCAGCCUGCCAAGUGGCAUAGCCACUAGUGAACAACGCGCCGAGAAGAUCUUAGCCAUUCUUCAAGACCUGAAGCCUAGCAUGCAUGUUCCCGAGCUGACUGACGAAGACACUGCCCGCAAUGGCUCCACGUACGCAGGCCCGCCGCGUAUCGGCAUCGACAUGGAGUUCCACCCGUGCUCGCACUGCGAGGGUCGGCUGGUACGCCUCUAGAAUUGGAUUGCGUUCGUCUCCGAUUGUUUGUACUGGUCUUUUUCACAUGAGGAAUGCGCUGUGCGCACUUCAUUCUUUGGCUGGUAUUGGAGCCUUACAAGACAUUCUGUUUGAAUAGAACUCAGCCCAGAGACCUAACAAACAGUCCAUCCUGUCAUGCUUCGUUCCUCUGACUUCUACGAGCCAAUCCAGCUCUGGUAAGCCAGCAUUGUUGAUACUGUUCCAUCUUUUCCCCCUCUCCCUUCCCUGCUUCAUGUCCCGUCGACUUGUUAGCGUUGACGCCAUAUUUCCUCGGUUACCAUGGUUACGGGUCACCUACAGUGCACACCCCCUAGAAAAUGUGACGCUUUAAAAAAUAUUUUAUUUAUCCCCCCCCCCCCCCCCCCCCGAGCUGAAUUUCCGCAUUGUCUUCUGGUGCCGUGUAACCGUCUUUGUCCCCCGGCGGCCUUUACUAGUUUUUUUGUUUGUUUGUUGUCCAACGUCAACUCAAAGCACACUGUACGUGGCUCCCUGAUAUCCGGGACCUGUACUGUACUCUAUUUUCACGGAUGCCGCGCCAUGUCCCAAGCAUUCUAAUUUACCCGGUCCGUCAUUUUCUCUCGAUUAUUCUUCUGCCCAGUGAAGCUAGUUCGGCCGGGCUCUUCGUUUCGCCAAUCCACUGUUAAUGUGCAAAUAUAGUAUUUCCUAACCUAAUUAAUUAGCCCUGCUGGCCAGCUCCCUGUUUUCCUGCUGUUGCUCGUGGCUCACGUGCAAGCAUACAUACACUAGUCGUGCAAUAGCAAUCAUGUACACCUUAUCACGGCUAUUUUUGCAUUGUAAUUUAUUGACUGGUCCUGAGGAAGGGUGCUCAGGAUGUGUCUGAA